AUGCGUCAUACUGCGUCUUUGGUGUUUCUUACAAAGAUUUAUUUUUUGUCUUCUUUCAUAUUUCAUUUUAAAAAAUACUCUUUCGGUUUUGCUCUCGUCUCUAUACAAUUAUUCUUUGUUUUUUCUUUUUCUUUUAUUCCUUCUAAUGAACUGACGUCGUUUCCUGUUAAUUCAGUCAUCGUUCUUUCUUUAUUUCUGUCUUAUUAUUUACUUGUCAUUUCUUUUGUCUUUCUUUCUUUCUUUCUUUCUUUCUUUCUUUCUUUCUUUCUUUCUUUCUUUCUACUGAUUUCUCGUCUAUAUUUCGAUAAUAUUCUUGUCUUUCUUUCUUCAUUUUCUCCUUUUUCUUUAUUUCUUUCUUUCAUAUUUCCCCAUAAGUUAAUCCUCCCAGUUUUUCAAACAUUUAUCACGCGCCCUUCAUAUUUGCAUAAUAAUUUAUUCAAUACUUCCCAACUUCCUCCGUUGUAUACUCGCCUCAGAUUUCAUUUCAUUUUCUUUCUCUUCUCUGUUCGUUAUCCUUUUCUCAUUGUAGACACAAAACAAUCUAUCUAUCUAUCUAUCUAUCUAUCUAUCUAUCUAUCUAUCUAUCUAUCUAUCUAUCUAUCUAUCUCCUAUUUCAGCCUGACAGACUGUAAUUAG